ACAAGUACAACAGUUGUUUCUGAAAAGUUUUGCAUCGGCAUUAAAGAUGUCGGGCACGGGAAAGACCAAACAAGACAGUGCAACAUUGUUGCUGCUCGCAGCUGUUGGCUUGGCACUCAUAACCAUUCUCACUGUGUGGAAAUUAAAACAGUUGAAAUAUAGACUUAUAAAUGAAACUGGAGGGGCAAUGUUUUUUGGCAUGCUCCUGGGGUUAACCGUGAGGUGCAUGUUAUUUGGCUGGGGAGAACAGAUGGACGAUAUGGAGACUGUGUGCAUUUGCGGUGGUCCUAACAACACUCCUCACAGCGUGACGGUUAAUAACACAUCAAACUUUCACAGGAUUCGGCAUGUUGGAAAAGUCAGUCAACGAUGCCCAUCGGUCUCAACCCCUCAUACGGAGACCUUUGAUCCCGAGGUCCUUUUCAAUCUGUUCCUGCCACCCAUCAUCUUCCAUGGAGCUUACACCCUUAAUCAGAAACGAUUCAUUCUGAAUCUUGGAUCUGUUUUUACCUUUGCGUUUUUGGGGACCAUAAUCAACUGUAUCAUUGUCGGGGCCUGCGUCUACGGCUUCACCAGACUGAUGGUGCUGCUGGGCCGAGCAGCCGACGGAGACUUCUUCCUCACUGAUUGCCUCCUGUUUGGUGCCAUGGUGUCUGCUACCGACCCAGUUGCAGUCCUUGGCCUGUUGUCAGAGCUGCGCGUGGACCUGGAUCUGCACACCCUGCUGUUUGGCGAGAGUGUCCUGAAUGAUGCCGGGGCCAUCGUCUUGACACAUGCCAUCACCACCUAUAGCCAGAUGGGUGCGGAACCCAACUUCGACCCCCCUGCCUUCCUCCUCUCUGUUGGUUAUUUUCUUGGAGUUCUUGCCGGCUCCUUCCUCCUGGGUUUCACAUUCACUGUCACAACAGCCCUCCUCACCAAAUUCACUCGGCUCCGUGAGAAUCCACUGCUGGAAACAUCCGUCUUCUUCCUGCUGUCCUGGAGCAGCUUCCUCGCAGCGAAAGCCAGUGGACUUUCAGGUAUCGUGGCGGUGCUGUUUUGUGGCUUGAGCCAGGCAAGGUACACGAUUCACAAUUUAUCCUCCGAGGGAAGGUGCAGGACCAAGCAGCUCUUUGAAGUCUUGAACUUCCUGGGGGAGAUUUUCAUCUUCAGCUACAUGGGCUAUGUAUUGUUGAUGUUUCCUCACCAUGUCUUCAAAGCUCUCUUCAUUACCGGGGCAUUUCUCUCCAUCUUUAUAUCAAGAGCCUGUAGCAUCUACCCCCUGUCAUUCCUCCUCAACCUGGGACGCACAACCAAGAUACCGCGCACCUUCCAGCACUUCAUGAUGUUUGCAGGUUUCAGGGGGGCUGUAGCGUUUAGCCUUGUUAGAAGAGACACAUCCACAGAAGUGGGGCGCACCAUCUUCUCCACCACUCUGCUGCUGGUCGGCUUCACCACCUGGGUGCUGGGCACGGCUGCUGAUCCCAUGCUGCGCCGUCUGAACAUCAGAGUGGGGGUGGAAGCAGAUGAUGACACUGAGGACCUUUCUGUUGAGGUUGCUACGGGGGGGCCAGACACAACACGGGGCCUGUGGCACCGUCUGGACUACAAAUUUCUAAAACCCGUGUUGACACAUUGUGGCCCUCCCCUCGCCGACUCACUGCCACAGUGGUGUGGGCUAUUUGCCAGACUCUUCAGCAGCCCCCGUGUCCAGGAGGACGAUGAGCAGCUGUGUGAGACUGAACCAGAUGACUCCGCCUUCGAUUUGGAGAAAACGGAGGACCGGCUUGGAUCUGUAGGAGGCGACUCUGGAUCUGCGCACCAGGAAGACCUGCUGGAGGGAGACCUGGGACUUGGCACUGCUCCUGCUCCUGCUCCCACCAGGGAGGCCUGAAGCUCCAGGAGUCACCUCCAAUCUGAGCUUAUCAGACCCUGCCGCCCUGAGGAUAAGGCCCUGCCUCCGACAGUGAGUGGGGUCACUGGUCAGGGCAGCCGAGAGGAGCCGAGCGGGAGUCAGCUGCUCCCGAAAGGUCACGCACUCCCCUUGUUCUGACACGCAUGCAAAGACACACUCGCAGAGGGAGAAAUUACCAAGGCCAUUGCUCUUUCUGCUGCUCUGCUGGUAGCUUUUGUUUCACUCCAGUUUCAAGGAACUUAAUAGCUAAAAUAGAAUGAUUGUUCCACUUUUAAGUGCCUGAUGUGUUCUCAGUGUACUUGUCACACAGCAAGCAAAAUUAUACUGCAACCAAUCUGGUGAAAAUACAUGCCAAGUAACACAUUAAUUGCCAGAGGAGCAGCUUCAUGCUAUUCAGCUACAUGAGGUCUUUGUUUCAAGCUUGUGGGAGAAUAGCUCACGGGUAUAUACUGUGAUUGAAAGCUACAGUAUUUCCCUUAAUCAGCUGAAAUGGUAUUUCCGUGCCAACUUUGCUCUGCUCCUCCCCAACCCCUUAUUAAACUUUUAUUGCACUGUU